AUGAUGUUUUGUGUGAUGAAUCAGGCCAUGUGUGCCUACAAGGAGUCAAAUGGGAUUAUUCUCAAAUGGGAUUACACUUUCUUCAGCGCUACAGCUAUCAAUUGGAUUCCAAUAACUGUCAUUUUUCGACCAUCGAUGAUCUAUACAAUCUACACGGUUGUUCAAUGGGCGGAGCACCUCUUCAAGGCGCUUGUAUAUUUGGAGAAGAACGGAAAGAUCCAUUGUGAUAUCAAAGUAGACAACAUAUUGGUGAGUGGAGGCUUUGUGUUGAAAUUGGGUGAUUUGGGGCUCGUGAAAUCGGUCAUUGAAACCAGCACAGUCUCGAUCCGGGGCACUCCACGCUACAUGGCACCAGAAAUUCUCUACAAUAACGAGCAAGGAAUCAAGAAAGACACGUCAAAGAGAGACAUUUGGGGUGUCGGCCUAGUUUUAUGGGAAAUCGUUGAACGAAGGCCAAUCGGUUUUGAUGGAUCUGAGGAAUUGGUAGCUGUAGAGCCAAAUGAUGACUCUUUCCUCCCACCAGCCCCCUCCAUUUUGAACCGAUCUGCAAUUUUCACAAAAGUUAAUAAUAAAUCGAAAAUCGACCAAAAAGAAGUUGAUCCACAAAAAAUUCUUGAAGAGAAAUACCCAGAAUUGAAGAAACUGCUUUCACUUCGACUAAAGGAUCCAAAAAUUGCUCGGCUUCAAGAAUUUUUCCGACAACUUCCCACGGAACUCAUUGUAGAAUAUGCCGAGAUCGCGCACGAAAGAAUCGUCGCAAAAGCUAAAGAGAUCACAAUUUUUGAAAUGAAAAGGGAGCACAGGUCGAGCUUUUUCGAGGAUCAAAUUUUGGAGGACGAAGGUGAUGGAGGAAGUGGUGGAGAGGAGAUGGAUUUGAAAGAUGAGGUUGCAUUUCUAGCCAGUGAAGCAGCGGAGAGGUGCUGCCUCAAACUCGAAAUUCACUACUUUCGCGCCAUUCGCUUCAUCUGGACUUUCCGAGAGGGUAGCUUUGGAAAUUGGUUUGUUCGAACGGAACUAAGCAAUUUGAUUGCCUUGUUUGAAGUGUGGAGAUCAAUCGUUCAGAAGCGUUUACAUUUCCGCAGCUUUUUCUCAAUGUCAACAAAAGAGGAAUGGUUGUUGGGGGGAAAAAUCUCCAACAAUCGAUGUCUAUUUGUGCGCAAAGAUUUGAUGAAUGCAAAGAUCUGGCUUGGCUCGUGGCAAGACGAAGAAAAUAGCGAUAACUGUAAAGUGCGAUGUUUUAAUGAAAAUUUUGAGUUGCUCGAGCUCGAGGUAUCGCCGGAGGAGCUCGAUGUCAAUAACUUUCAUAAAUUGAACAUCUUUGAAUUCAUUGAAAAUCAGCAUACGAAUAGUCUACUUAAAUCGGUGGCUGCGAUGUUUGAAGAGUUGGAUGUUGAAGAGUUGAAUGAUCAAACUGAAGCGACGAGUCGAGCAAAACGAAUCGCAUACAAAGUCGGGAAAAAGUUGGUCGCCGAUCAUUUUGAAAGCAACGAAAAGCCAAGCUUUAAUGCGGUACGAGAAGCAAUAAUGAAGCAAGCAAAAGCUGUAAGAUUACCAGUGCAAGUCUGGGAAAAUUUUACUACCGGGAAUCCGUCUUCAUCUGAACGACAAGCAUCAAAAAUCUAUCAUUUGGAAGUGCCAGCACACUCUGAUGAAAUCAAAUUCCAAGCGUUUCUUGCUGAAAUCAAAAACAAAGACAUAAAGAAGUCGAAAGAAAAAUACGGUACAGUGGAUGAUUUCAAGAAAAGACAAAAUAAAGCGUUCGCGCUUGUCAUUCAAACACUGUUUGAUUGGAGUAAUCGUUGCUGUUUAGGCUGUCUCAUAAAAGGCGUUAAAGUUGUCAAAAUUUUCAAGGAAAUUCUCGCUUUUGCUGGUCCACACACCUAUGUCACUUUGCGUGUUUUCUUGCACAAUGAGACGAGUUGUGUGUACCUGGGUGAAGCCUAUGGUCAUCAUCAUUUUUGUGAACUCGACUUCAAGACUGCCAUCAUUUUAGAUGGCUUCUGGAAAUCGCUAGAAACUUUCCAAGCAAGAGAUCCAAUAACACGACAAGUCAAAGACAUCGAGUUUAAAGGAAUUGCAAAAGUCAAUCUGAGUCUAAUAAAUAAACAAUUAAUCGAGCUGAUGAAUGAAGUGAAAAAACGAGCCUUGCAAAUCAAGCACCCGUUCAAAAUCAGCGAAACAGAAAGUUUUUUCCUUCUCGACUUACAACCGAAUCAAGAUUGUAUCAGCUCAAAUCCUGGGCCAAGCUCAAAAAGUGAUGAUCAACAGUUCAAACUACAGUAUCUCAGCUAUGCUCGUCUUUAUCUUUCCCUCUGUCGCGUUCUUACUCAAGCACAAAGUCUACACGAUUAUUUGGAUUUAAUCAAAAUAAUUGUAGAGAUUAUUGAAUUCAAGGAAAUCGUAAAACGGGUUGAUAAUCGUUGCCCAAAACACUUUUUCUUUAUAAAGCUAAACAAGGAGAGAAAUGUUGUCAUCGUCAACUUGCAUCCAUUUGAAAAAGAUGAUGUUGAGCACUUUCACGUGCUGCUCCUCGAUCUCGACUCAAUGUCGUUUUCCCGUGAUGAUUUUUCUUUUACUGAAUUAUUGCGAGCAAGCGAGGAAACGCCUUUUCAUAAACUUCACCUAAUAGAGUUUCUUUCUUUUAAUUUAAUUGAAAAGCUUUUUACCGUAUUUUCAACAAACUAUCAAAAUCGUAAUGAUCUGUGUCCCUUUUUGAAGAACCUUUGCAUCGAGUCGGACGACUUAGACUUGUACUUGUCGAUGACUCUGGGAGUGUGUCUUGAUUUUUUCAACGAAAAAGAACAAGGAUCAGGAAGAGAUCCUCAUUUCAAUCCACUUGAAAAGAAGAGCAAAUCACCGAUGAAGCUCGAAUUGGCCAGGCAACUACUCUAUGCUUUGAAAGCAUUG